GUCCGUCCUCAAGUGUUCUCUUCGGGUCCCGAGUCACAGAGAGUUAGUCAGUGGUGCCGCGACUGCAUAGCCGACGCGCCGCUCACGUGUGUCUCUCAUCUGUGCUGCAACGCGGACGGGGCAUCUUGGAGGUGAUUGUCACGCCCCCGGGAACAAGCAAAGCAGAGACCUCUGCGGCCACUCAAGAAGACCAGGGAUAAAAGAGGCUCUGUGUCCACACCUGGGUGUGGAUUCUUGUAAUCGCCCUGUGCCCUUGCAGUCUCAGUGGCUUUGCACAGCACUUGUGUCUUGCCUGUCUUGGUAUUUUGACCCUUGCCUGUUCCCUGUUUUACCACCAAGUCUGGAUUGUCUGCCUUGCCACGUUUGCCCCUGGAUAGAACCACGCCUGUUCUUGACUCUGAUCUUGCCUUGUCCCUUGAACGUGAUCUACGAGAUUAAAGAUCAACCUGCAAUUGGGUCCACAAGCUCGGCUGCGUCCAGUCCUCGUGUCUGACAGUGAUAGCUUCAAAGCAGACAAUAAUCCCUACCUACCUUUUUUACUUCAAGAGCUCCUGAAUCGAAGGUAUGGGUAGUAAAGAGGAGAUAAGUGACACUGACAGCGGCAUCAUUUUACAAUCCAGCCCAGACAGCCUCAAGUCAAAUGUGAAGGAUAUAGCCACACACACAAGGGCUGUGAAGCUAAAGCAGCAGUCCCUACAAGACCGUUUGGAGUUGUGUCUGCUGGAGUUGAAGAAGCUAUGCAUUCGAGAGGCGGAGCUCACUGGACAGCUUUCUUCAGAUUACCCACUGCUACCUGGAGAAAAGGCCCCACGGAUACGCCAACGUAUUGGAGCAGCCUUCAAGCUUGAUGAGGACAGCUUACGACAGGAUGGAGAGGACUCAGAGUUGCGUGCUCUGGAGGCAGACUUAGCCUUGCAGACACAGAUUUUUGAGGCAGCCCGGCGGCUCUCCGUGGAAGAGCAUCUGAGUAAACAAGUACGCCGAAGUCGGCUGCAGCAGUGUAAGCUUCAGGAGAAGAAAAUGAAAGAGAUCCAGGAGGCUGUGUUCCGGCUUCGCCUCCAACAUGUCCGCACAUCACCCCGGCUUGUAAGCCUGCCUGCACAGAGAAAUCCAGCAACUUCAGAUGACAGCUCCUUAUCAGAUGGUGCUGCGCAAGAUGAGGAGGAGCCGACUGGAGCAUCAACCCAUCUUAUGCUAGAGCCCUCUCUACAGAAAGAACCUCCUAAAACUGUGCAAGAAAGCCCACGGUUGGCCCCACCACAGACAUUGGAAGGGCUAACACCAAACCACCACAUCCCCCUACCAUAUGAGCGCAGUCCUAUUCAGAACACCCCCUGGAAGGAGUCCAGUCUAGACCAGCCAUACGAGAAAUCCAAGAAAGCCCACUCGAACAGCAGUAGUUUAUCAUGUAGUCCAGUAGUGACCCCUGUGUCAACCCCAGCGGACCCUUGGUUCGGUGAUACAGCUGUCCCAUUCCAGUUUACUCCUGUGAAGAACCUGGCCUUGCGGCAUACCCAGUCCAACAGUGCUCCCUCCACUCCAGACCUGCACAUCCGGCGGCAGCACUCUCUCAGAAUUUCCAGCUGCACACCUUACCAUGAACAGGAUCACAACCGAGGACAUGCUCUGCAGGCGCACAGGAGGAUGGCUGAUUUUGCUUUACCUAUAUCAGAAUACCAACUUCAGCGGUCAAGCCUAGCUCCUGUGUUAUACCAGUCUGGCUCUGAAGACAGUGGCUCUGAGUACUCUGUGUCAUCCUUCUCCAGCUUGCCCUGCCAGGAGGCCAUGGGCGAGGAGCCCCACACAAGUCCACUUCAACACGUGCACCAUUAUGGCAGCUCCCACAAUGGGCCCUUGGCUGUCACUGGUCCCAGCUUUUACAAGAUUUCUCAGUAUGAGUCCACACCCAGCUUUUAUAGAGGGAUCACAGAAGAAGGAGUAGGCUAUGAAAUUGAGAUGGACAUGGGACGACAGCACCGGGCCCCUCCACACCUUUUGGUACCCCCCAGCCGGUAUGAGUGCUGGUAUGAAGCGGAACCCCAGCAAUGGUUGUUGCGGCCCCGCCCCUCUCAUACCAGACUGGCCAGGGCACCCUCACUUAGGGAGUACCCAGCUCACCACUCCAGCAGAGGAUUGUCCCGGGAGGUGGUGUCAGACGAGCUUCGGUCCUGGCAUCAACGGAACCAGUUCCGCAGCCCACGACCUCGAUCUCUUGAUCGACAAGGUGCAGUCUGUGUGAGGACCCCACAAGGUCAGCACUCACGUCUGUCCCAGAUCCCCAGCCUCCCUGGACAGGUCCCCCAUAGAAGAGUAUUCCAGAGAGCACUAGAUGGAACACUGGUGCAGUGGUUUGAAGAGGAGGAUUCUGAAGUUAUUAGCCAAGUAUAGACUAAGGGGCUUUUCUUCUGGAAUGUGCAUAACAAGGCUCUGUACUGCAAACUGUGCUGCUGGACUUCUACUGAUACUGUCCUCAAACACUAUGAAUGUCACCCCAGCCAUAAAACACCAACUACAGUUUUUACAACAUAUACACGCAUGAACACACUGUAGAUUCUAGUUAAUUGGGCCAACUGUUUAGCUGGGACGAAUCUUGAUGUAUGAAAACAAAUUGACUAAACAACCUGAAUUUUCUUCUUUUUUGGGACACCGUGGCUAUUUGGCAUGUGGGCUGAAUCACUCGGUAAUUACCGGGUGUAUUCAGAGUUGCAGUUUUUUUUUAGAAAAACUGACUUUUGAUUUUGUAGAACUUCAGACCCUUACAAAGAGGGCACACAGAGAUUUCACACUAGCUAAUUCUUAUUUCACCAAAUAAAAUCCCAAGUAUUUUUGUUGUGCAGUAAAUGGUAGUUUGUCUUUUGUUUUAUAACUUUUUAACAGAUAUGAUAACUGAUGCUGCUGCUUAAUUGGCCCAAAGUGUCCUAGUCCCGAUAUGUCCCAAAUAACCAGAAUCCACUGUCUGUAGGGGAUCACUAUAAAAGGCUAUGUGCCUAUAAAAAUACUGUGAAAGAAAUUACAUUUAAUAUGGAUGCUUAUUUUUAAAACUUUUACUGGCCAUUUUAUGUUUUUUAAAGUUUAAACAUAGAUGAAAAUUGGUAUUUCUACUUUUGUCAAGUAUGUUCAUUACAUGGGUAUGUUUAAAUGUUCAAUAUCUAUUAGAGUAAUGGCAGAGAAAUACAGAAGCCCAGGAAAGCAGAUGAGUGCUGUACCCCUCAUGCAGGUUAGUCUACUGUAAAGCUCCCCAGCGUAAUGUAAUGUUUCUGCAUGUAACUUCCUUUCGUUGGAGAGUUUGAUUAAACUCCUCAGGCCCAAACACAGUCUGAGUUCUAAUUCUUCACACAAAGUAGUCACUAUGCUAAACUGUAAAUUCUGCAGCUUCAGCAUACAAAGUAAUGGACAACAGAUCUUGUUAGUAUCAAUAUGUUUGUUAAUGGUUAGUUUCUGGGUUAGCAUUGUUGAGCUGUUUCUGCGUAAAGAACUGAAUUCUUGUGAGCAUUGAUUAAAAAGUGGAACUGUAGCACAAGAUACGAUAACUCACAGAACUUUAAACGUAUAUUUUGUAAUUAAUAUGGCUUUGUUUCUUAGUCAAUAUUCCAUGAAAUUUCCUGUCUGCAUAUGUUAUGAACGUUUAAACUUUAAUUUUUUUUUCAGUGGGUGUCAGAGCACUUGUAUUUUGUCAUCUGGGGAUUACAGGAUAAGGGUUUAAGAUCCUCUUGAUGCAAGCAGGCACAUAUCAGGCCUAAUUGUUUAACAAAGUAAUAAGGCAAUUACUUUUUCACAUUUGACAGUGGCAUAUUAGCUUGCCUUGCACACCAAAGAAAUUACAUGUGACUUUUGAUCGCCUCCUCUCCUAAUUUACUAUUAGAACUAAGAAAAUAACUGUUCACAUAAGAUGGUAGAAACAGAUAUUGGCAAGUACAUUUUUAUAUCACGUUAGUUGAUAGCCAGUAGAAAUCUGUGAAAUUCAAUUUCCAGAAGUGUCACAGAAACAAUGUGUGCUUCACCUGCAAGACACUCACUUUAGAGCUUUUGUGUUAAUGGUGACAGUUGAACCAUGGUCAUGCCAUGUACUCACUGAUGUCCCUGUGUACCUUGUGACUUGGGAAGAUGAUGAGGAAUCAUGGAUAUUCUAAUAACGUUUUAUGCAGCUACUUCUGUGAUGAACAUUGGUUCAUAUGGUGGAAAGAAACAAAAAGACUGCACUUAAUCAUGCGUAUGCAUCCGUAUCUUUCUGCUAUAGUAAUGCGCACAUUGCAUUUUCUAUUAGAUGUACAUUGCAU